AUGGAGAACCAUGAAGAUUCGGAACUGCCCGAAACUGAUAACCAGACCAUACACCCGUACACCAACAUAACAAAAGGCCCAGACACCACGAAAACAAUCCGAUUCGCAUCGGAAUCAGCAACUACCCGUUUGCCACGAAUUACCACCAUGUCAUUUAAGGGCUUCAAAAGCUUUCGCGACAGCGCGACAAAUGACGACACAUCCACGGUUGUUGCCGAUGAGCAAGCUGGGGCAAAUGGACCAGCAAGUGUAAUGUACAUACCAGAAAAUGGCGACUUUCUUGACGAUUCUUCAACUCUUUUUAACGGUGUGGGAGCCGGAAAGUCGUCGAGACCGGCUCCAAAUCGCCAGCAGCACCUCAAUGCAUCGCUACAACAGCUCCAUUACAACGAAAAUAGGGUGGCGCUUGAUAGAGCCAUCAAUCUGACGGUGGAACUUAUCCACGAGCUUUGCGGAGAAAACCAACAACGACCCAUAUUCUACCCUGCCGAUGCCGAGGACAGCAGCCAGUUGCUACUCAACUCCACAAGAGCUCACUUGGCUUUGGUACGUAACAAUAGCACUAUUUCGGCGAAAACGUUGAGCAAAGCUAAAAUCGAUGCGAAGGAAGAAGACAUCCCCACGUUUCGUCUUCUCAAGUUGAACGUCAAGUUGAGUGCUAAUCACAACGAUAAUUUGGUGCUGACAUUGGACAAGUCGCUGAUAGCCGCUCUUCUCGAACAAAAACUCAACCAGCAGAUCAAGUACUUGUUGAACUUGAAAGAACGAGUAGACGAUACUUCGUCAAAAGUGUUUGUUACAGGAGACUUGAACGCUGGUAAGCUGACAUUCUGCAAUGCUCUCCUUCGGCGUAAAGUGCUUCCCGAAGACCAGCAGCCUUGUACGUCGGUCUUUUGUGAAGUGAUCGAUGCUGUAAAUGAGAACCGCGGCGUAGAGGAGGUUCACGCGGUUCCCAUCGGGGCCCAAUACGAUAUAAAAGAUGCUAGCACUUAUGAGGUGCACCCUUUGAAGGAGCUUGAAGAUCUCGUGUACGACUGUGACAAGUAUAGCCUUCUCAAGGUGUAUGUCAUAGAUAAUCGUUCUCUUCAAGAAAGCUUGCUUCGCAAUGGAAUCGUCGAUAUAAAGCUUAUUGAUGCACCUGGUCUCAAUAUGGAUCUGUUUCAGACCACCCAGGUGUUUUCCCGUCAAGAAGAAAUCGAUUUGAUUGUUUUUGUCGUCAAUGCUGAAAACCACUUCACGUUGUCUGCAAAGGAAUUCAUUGCUGCCGCAGCGGCUGAAAAAAGGUAUGUCUUCAUCGUUGUUAAUAAAUUUGACAACAUCAAAGACAAGAACAAGUGCAUGAACAAGGUCUUGGAACAGGUAAAGAAUUUGUCACCAGACACUUACAAAGAUGCUCAGGAAUUUGUGCAUUUUGUAAGUUCAAGCGACUUUGAUGGUGACGAAGAUCCUAACCCUGACGAUGGCCCUGACAACAAUGGACCCAAUGGACACCCAGACUUUGAUAAGUUGGAGGCUUCGUUGCGGAAAUUUGUGCUUGAAAAACGUGCACUUUCAAAGCUUCUUCCCGCCAAGAAUUAUCUCAACAACCUUCUUGAUGAUCUUCAGACAUUGGCCAAGGUAAAUGAAAAAAUGUACGCGGUGGAAAAAGAGGACAAAACUGCGGAACUCGAAAACCAGGUUGCACCUAGUUAUAAUAAGAUCAAGAGCAAGAGCAACAAAGCCGGUGAUACCUUGCAUAAACUCAUUGAGGAUACUUGCACUGAAGUUUAUGAAUCUACAAAGAAGCAAAUAUUGAACACAGUCAAUAAUUUUGGGGAUGAACAAAUUGUGCCCUAUCACGGAUUGCAAUACGUAUACGAAUACGCCAAGGAGACGCAGCAGGCAAUGGUUGACACGAUUCUCUCGGCUUUGACAUCUUGCGAAGAACAAGCUAAGAUAAAGACGGAGAAGCAGGUGGAAGAAAUUGUCAAGGUUGGUCAAGCUACACUUGGGGAAGGCUUUUUGCAAGGAAAAGUUUUCAAAUCGGAGUUGAUGUUUACAAGGCGCAGAGAUACUAUCAAGAGAAAAAUCAACGAUCAAAUCGAAGUUUCAGAUUUCUUUGAUCCUUCCAUCGAUUCGUUUAUGCUUUGGAUGGGAAUUCCUCGUCACUUUACUUCUCAAUUUCAAGCUUACAACCCAGUGAAUAUUCUCAGUUCAGUGCCAUCUUCAGCGGCCUCGCUCAAAAACCUGAUACCAUCGCAAUUGACCUUGCAUACUGUCUAUUCCUCAACCAAAUUAUUGACUGCCGGUGCUCUUGUCAGAAAAAUGUAUUCGUUGACUUCCGUCCUCAAUUCGACAACAUUGAAAAAGAUCGCAGGUCCAGUACUUAUAGGUGUUGCUGGAUUCUCGAUCUAUUAUCUCAUCAACGAUAUCCCCAAUGCCUUUCCCAGAAAACAAGCACGCAAGAUCAAGAAGCAAAUCCAGGAGUUGGACUACUCGCAUGUCAACGCCGACAGAAUCUCCAAGGAAUGCAGACAAGUGUUGAACUAUCCCACGAGACAAGUUUUGAACGGGUUCCAAACGAGCAUCGACAAGAGAUUGCUUGAGAAGGAAAAGCUUGAGAAACAGAUCAAGGACGCCGACUUGAGCUACGGAUACUUUCAUGAGAUGUUGGUGAAGAUUCUGAACCAAAAGAGUCUGCUUGCACUGAUUGAGUUGGAGGUUAAUAUCGUCGACUAA